AUGUCCGGAAAGUCCCCGAACGAUAUUUAUUUGGGGACGCAGGGCGACAGUGAGGAGGAGAAUCUUGAAGCUACUGAUGUUACUAUUAAAAAUGAUAGAUGUGUUAAACUACACCUGGAUGAGCAUAUAAAGGCUUAUAUUGAGAAGAAGGCUGUACUUGACAGGCCAGUAGAAGUUUUAAAAUGUAAUAAUAAUCUACUAGAAAGUGUUAUCUUGAACUAUAUAAUAGUGAAAAAAAUACUUGGGAAUCUAUCAUGGCAGGAUAAGUUAUUGUGUGCCCAAGUUUGUAGCACAUGGUGUUCGGCUUUACAGACAUUGAAAAAAGAACAGCUGGGACCUGAAGACUUUGUAAUAGACUUCUGUUCUCGCUCGCUAACAUGCGGAAUGAUAUAUAAGAAAUCUGGGAACUUCUAUAAUGAACCUUUAGUUGUCAUGACAUUUGCUAAUCCCGCCGGUUUUGGAAUGACAUGCAAAUGUAAGACUAUGGAGCCAAGUCCUUGUAAUCCACCCUGCAUUAAAGAACAUUCUUUGCUAGAUAUUGUUUACAAGUACAGUAGCGCACCAAAGGACUGCAUGGCAAUUGUUAGAUCUGACUAUUUAACGUACAUGCCACUGGCUAGCUCUGUUACAUAUCAGGAUGUAAUAACUCAACUGAGAUCACACCCAUUUGUAGGCGGCCUUUAUAUACCGGCCAUACCAAAUGUGAAAUUUCAUACAAUAAAUAUGAAAUCCUAUGAAGAAAACAUCUGCAGUGUUGUCGACUCUAUAGCUAGUGAGAGAAUUAUUAAAGGAGUGCUUGUAUAUGUAACAGACAAGUAUCUUUUGCAUUCUGUUGAAGAUAUAGUGUUUUUGAACUAUUUUAAAGAGGCACAGCCAGAUAUUCCUUAUGCCCUGGGUGGAUGCAUUAUUGAAGACACUGUAUUUGAGCGGAAUGAUCUCAACGGUAUAGUUGAUGGUAUCAAUGAGAGUAAUGACUUCAUCAGUGACAACCUGAUCUCUAUUGGAAUAUUCACAGUUCCUAAAAGUGGUUGUAAUGAAUUUAACUUUGAUAUGUUCUCAUUAAUUCUUGAAUCUUCUGACUGGACAAAGGCUAAGAUACAACAGUCUAUUAAUGAGUUUUCAAAGAAAGUCCCACAAUUUGAGCAUAGCGCUUGCAUCAAACUGUCAUGUGUGGGGCGAGAUCAGAAACAUAAAUGGGAGCAGGAGUGUUUUAGAGCUGUUUUCCCAAACACAACGAUAAUAGGCUGUUAUGGUAACGGAGAAUUAGGUAUCAAUCAUCCUGAAAAACCUCCACCAGAUGUACCAAGUGUGAAACGACACCGUCGGGAUCCUGGACCCCAGUUUGGAUUGAUGUAUUCAUAUUCAACUGUAUUUGUUUAUAUGGGCUGGGGUAAAAUUAUAUCACCUGCUUAA